AUGGCAUAUCUCCAGCCAGCGCCGAUCCGGCGUGCCGGCCUGCGAGGGCUGGCCAACCAGCUAUCGCGACUGUCCUCGCCGUCCUCCUUCUCGACCUCGACCUCGACCUCGACCUCGACCUCGACCUCUGCCUCGCCCUUUGUCUGCCGCCAGUGUCUCAAGACGACCGGACAGAAAGCCUCUGCGCCUCCCUCUCUGCUUUCCUUCCUGGCUCGGUCUCGAACCGUGCGACAGCUCCAGGCACCGGCCCCUUCCUCGGCACGAUAUCUCAGCAACUCCACCAGCAACAAGGCCACCAGCUCCCCAGCUGCGAGCAUCGAAUAUGCUGCCGAGCCAGCCGCCGAAUCCAAUGACAAGUCCAAGUCAAGGAGCAGUUCUUUCCCUGACACCAGCUCCAAGUCCGUCGCCUACUGGCUGCUGGGUAGUGCCGCCAGCGUCUUUGGCAUCGUCGUCUUUGGUGGCCUGACCCGGUUGACAGAGUCUGGUCUGAGUAUAACCGAAUGGCGCCCCGUCACCGGCUCCCUCCCUCCCAUGUCCGCCGAGGACUGGGAGUCCGAAUUCGCAAAGUACCGCGCCUCGCCCGAAUACAUCAAGCUGAACCCGCACAUGGACCUUGACGAGUUCAAGAAGAUCUACUUCAUGGAGUGGACGCACCGCAUCUGGGGUCGCGUCAUCGGAAUGACCUUCGUGCUGCCCACCAUCUACUUCAUUGCGCGCAGGAGGGUCACCAAGCGCAUGGCCUGGAACCUCGUCGGCAUCUCGGGCCUGAUCGGCUUCCAAGGCUUCAUUGGCUGGUGGAUGGUCGCCUCGGGCCUCAAGGACGACCUGUUCGCCCCCGGCGCCCACCCGCGCGUCUCCCAGUACCGCCUGACUACCCACCUGUCCACCGCCUUCGUCUGCUACUCCUGGAUGCUCCUCGCCGGCCUGUCCAUCCUGCGCACCCACAAGCUGCUCGCCGACCCGGCCGCCGCCUCCAAGCUCGUCAAGGCCCUGUCCAGCCCGGCCCUCGCCCCCUUCAAGCGCUACACCGCCGCCCUGACCGCCCUCGUCUUCGUGACCGCCAUGUCCGGCGGACUCGUCGCCGGCCUGGACGCCGGCCUGAUCUACAACGAGUUCCCCAUGAUGGGCACCGGCAUCACUCCUCCCAGCUCUGAGCUGUGGGACAACUUCUACUCUCGCAAGGAGGACGGCUCCGACCUGUGGUGGCGCAACAUCCUCGAGAACCCCAGCCUGGUCCAGCUCGACCACCGCAUGCUGGCCAUGACCGUCUGCGCCUCGGUGCUGGCCCUGUUUACGUACAGCCGCACCCGCAGGGUCAAGGCGGUCUUGCCCGCCGACGCCCGCAAGGGCGCCAUGGGCCUGCUGCACCUCAUGCUUAUGCAGGUCACCCUCGGCAUCACCACUCUCAUCUACAUCGUGCCCACCCACCUGGCUGCCACCCACCAGGCCGGCGCCCUGGCCCUGCUCACCGGCGCCCUGGUGUUGGGAAGCAGGCUGAGGAUUCCGAGGGGCACGAUGAGGCUGGUCGAGAGGCAGCUGAAGACGAUGCAGCAGAAGAAGUGA